UAUCCUCCUGAGUCCUGACUGGAAAUGUGGCUUGUUGCUCACCCCCAUCAUGGGCUGAAGCAGCUUAUGGGCCGGUGGCGGGCACUAACCGCCCCUAAAUUCCCGCCGUUUGUUAGGGCUCUUCCUCAGCCCUCGCUCAGCCGCCGCCGCUGCCGCGCCACCGUCGCCGUCACGCCCAUGGCCUCCACGGCGACCUCGCGCCGCCGGCCGCGGCGGGGCUCCAAGGGCCCCAACGCCGACCUAUGCCGCACCCUCACCGACUGCACCCGCCGCGGGGACGCGGCCGCCGCCAUGGCCGCCUUCGACGCCGCCGUCUCCGGCGCCGGCGCCGACGCCGACACCCCUCUCCGCCUCGCCGCUCACCAGUACAACCAGCUCCUCCACCUCCUCGCCUCCGCCGACCGCUCUUCCUUCCCCGGCCCCGCCGCCGCCGCCGCCGCGCGCCGCGUCUUCGCCCACAUGCUGCAGGCCGGGGCGCCGCCCUCCGAGGCUACCAUCACCUCCCUCGCGCGCGUCAUCGCCGCCGCCGAUGACCCAGGGUCUUCGGCUGCCGACGAGGCGUUCGAGCUCGUGGCCACCAUGAAGGACAAGUACGGCCUCUCCCCGCGCCUCCGCUCCUACGGCCCCGUCCUCGCUGCGUUCCGAAGUGCCGGGGAGGCCGCCAAGGCCUACGCUGUAGAAGCGCACAUGACGGCCUCCGGCGUCUCGCCUGAGGAACCCGAGCUUGCCGCCCUCCUGGAUGUCAGCUCCAGAGCCGGGGACGCGGACAAGGUGUAUGAGUAUAUGCAUAAGCUGAGGCAAGCCGUGGACUGCGUCAGCGAGGAGACUGCAGGAGUUGUGGAGGCAUGGUUCAGGAGCGACAAGGCGGCAAUGGCCGGUAAGUCUGAAUGGAAUGCUGCUCAGGUGAAGGAUGCCAUUGUAGCGAACGGUGGCGGCUGCCACCGUCUUGGGUGGCUUGGAACUGGCCCUUGGACGAUGCAGCGGGUGAGAGUUGGGGCUGAUGAUCAGUGUGCAGGGUGUAGAUACCGCCUCGCUUGCAUUGACAUUGACAUGGAGGAGACACGGAAGUUUGCUGAUUCUGUUGCUGGUUUGGCCCUUGAGAGGGAGACUAAAACAAAUUUCAGCCGCUUUCAGGAGUGGUUGGAAGCAAAUAAAGAAUAUCAAGCAAUAGUCGACGGUGCAAAUAUUGCACUGUAUCAACAAAAUUUUGCGGAGGGUGGUUUCAGUUUGACUCAGCUCGAUGCCGUUAUAACAGAGCUACGGGAUAGAUAUCAUGGGAAAUGGCCACUUGUCAUACUACACAAUAAACGAAUUGCCAAACUUAUGGAAAAUUCAUCCAAUAGACAUUUGAUUGAGACUUGGAGAACAAAUGGGGCAUUGUAUACUUCACCAAGUGGGUCAAAUGAUGACUGGUAUUGGUUGUAUGCAGCAAUCAAACUAAAUUGUUUGCUUGUGACUAAUGAUGAAAUGAGAGAUCACAUAUUUGAGCUUCUAGGGUCAUCCUUUUUUCCGAAGUGGAAGCAACGUCAUCGGGUAAAGUACACCUUUAAUAAAGGAAAAGCGGUGCUUGUGAUGCCACCCUCUUAUUCUUCAGAGAUUCAAGAGUCAGAAAUGGGAUCUUGGCACAUUCCGAUGGAAGAGAAGUCUGGGGAUGAGAGAGGUAGGAUUUGGCUUUGUAUUGGCAGGGGAGGUUCCUGCAAAGAACAUGGUGAAGUUCCCACAACUAAUGGAGUUGUCCACGAAAUUCCUCCAACCGAGGCAUCUAAAGUGGUGCAGCAGAGGCUGGCAGAAAAUAAGAAUGAGACGAUAUCUGGUAAAAGAAAGGAUAGAGAUUGAUCACUUAUCCAGGAGCAGCAUCUACCUGGGAGUUUGUCAUCUUGUGAGCAAUUGUGGUGAACUGUGUUUCUGCAGUCUACUUUGUUGUUGAUUCAGCUAAGGCAGUUCAAGAAUAGGAAUGCAGCGAUAGUGCCGUCCCAGAUCUGCAGGAUGCUGAUAAUUGUUAAUCACUUUCACUGGCUUGCAGACUUGCAUUCUCCACAAGUUUGGUGUGAUUCUAGACAAUUUUGCUGCACCAUGUAUUCUGGUUGCCAUGGUCAUCUAGUGUAACACCAGAAUACUAGAUAACCUCAAAUUGGCUGUUCCUAGAGCUUUUAUCUCUUCAGUUAAAUGAAAAGGUGAACUUUAUUCUGGAUGUAUGAUAAACAUUUCCAAGUGCAUUUUUGAGCUACUGUGCCGUUUAGAAACCUGUAUCAGAAUGUUACGAAGGCCAUUGAUGUUGUUCU